AUCGAAAAAAGUUGAUUCGGAUGCUUAAAGAUAUUCAUGACCGUAUCAUCAGAAUAUUUUUCAGUAAAUAUUCAUUCCUUAAUAUAGAUACCUUUAAAAAAUUAGAAAUAUAUGGAGUUCAAAUAUCAGGAUUUAAGAUGACUAUUUUGUGUCUUGAUAAACCUGGGUUUGGUCUUUAUCGAAUAAGGACAAUUGAUGAAGUCACAAUCCCUGUAAAUGUCGUCGAAACUAAUUCUAUAGAUCGAACCUUCGAAGGUUUGAUG